AUGUCUCCAUCAGAUGGAUCGUCUUCAAGAGGAGCUAACUGCUCAGGAAAUAAACCUUCUGCUGUAGAGAAAUUCGCAAACGGUUCCACUGUAGUGGUAGGCAAUAAAAAAGUGGAAAUUGUGAAAUAUCUCACUGAAGGUGGUUUCGCUCAAAUUUACAUCGUCAAGUUCCUGGAAAAUUCAAAUGAAUUCGACAGUAAUAAUUCUAAUAUACCUUUAAAAAUUGGAGAUUUGGCAUGCUUGAAACGAGUCCUAGUCCAAGAUGAAAAUGGUUUAAAUGAAAUGAGAAAUGAAGUAGAAGUAAUGAAAUUAUUAAAAGGCGCACCAAACAUAGUGCAGUAUUUCGAUUCAAACGCUUCUCGUCGUAAAGAUGGGACUAACGGAUUCGAAGUAUUGCUACUAAUGGAACUAUGUCCAAAUAAAUCAUUGCUAGAUUUCAUGAAUCAAAGAUUAACUACAAAAUUAUCGGAAAAGGAAAUUUUAACAAUUAUGCAUGAUGUAACAUUGGCUGUAGCUCAAAUGCAUACUUUAUCACCACCUCUAAUACAUAGAGAUAUCAAAAUAGAAAAUGUUUUGGUAGAUUCCCAAAAUGGUUUCAAAUUAGCCGAUUUCGGCUCAACUUCAAAAUGUUUCCCUGCUGUAUCAGCUCAUCAAGAUAUAGCAAUUUUAUCACAAGAUAUUUUCAUGCAUACUACCCCACAAUAUAGAUCCCCUGAAAUGAUCGAUCUUUAUAAAUGCCUGCCAAUUGAUGAAAAAUCAGAUAUUUGGGCAUUGGGUAUUUUCUUAUACAAAUUAUUGUUUUAUAUCACCCCAUUCGAAAUGACAGGACAAUUUGCAAUUUUACAUUCAAAAUAUGAUUUCCCACAAACUAAUUACUCUUCAAGAUUGAUAAACCUAAUUAUUAUUAUGUUAUCCGAAAAUCCAAAUUUAAGACCAAAUAUAUAUCAAGUUCUACAUGAAAUUUGCUCAAUAUCAGGUACUAGAUUAGAAAUUACAGAUAAGUAUGGUCAAGGUCCUUAUAACUUUGAUCAAUUUAGAAAAUUCCAAAAUGAAUUACAAUCUUUACAGGUUCAAAUGUUUAAUUUACAACAGAGAAAAACAGAAAAUGAUGGAAAGUUAAAUCAAUCAGAUGAAAUACUGCUGAAUAACUUAUAUACAUCGACUUUUGAAUUAUCACCAAAGAUUCCUAUAGAUUCAAAUUCAAUCCCAAACACAACUAUAAGUACAGGUUCAAAUUCAAAUUAUUUAUCUGUCACGCAAAAUGACCAACCUAGCAUCUUUUCUAAAUCAAGAAAUCAAUCGGAAGAAAGGUUGGAAAAUAGGAAAUCUGUAAUAUCAGAAGAUAGAUUAUCAAGGCAUACAUCAAGCACUAAUGACUCUAACAAAAAUACUCAACCGCCCUUAUUUUCUGAGUCAAAUAUACAACUAGAAAGAGCGAUUAGCAUAAAUGUUUUAAAUGAUACUGAACAAUAUGAAACCGCGGCACAAAUGUAUAAAACAUUAAGUGGCCCUCAUCCAGGCCAAUCUGUGGAUAUUCCAAAAUCUAUAGAGCAACCGUUGGCUGAAUUUAACUUAUCUGCUCCUAUUUAUUCACAAAGACCGAAGAGUUCAAGCUCAUUUUCCUCAAGUGGAGCAAAAUCAUCAAAGAGCACACAUCUAAUACGUCAAGAAUUAGAAAAGGAAGAAGCUUCAAGUAUUGAAACAACAAAGAAACAAGAUGCCACAGGUGCAACAAAACAGCAUAAAUCAAAUAACCCAUUCCCUAAAAUGACUGAAGAAUAUAAGGCAAGCUUACCAAAUCAACAGGCAGCUAACACUUACUUUAUGAAUGAAUUACAGAAUGCAGCCCCUAUGACUAUGGAGAAUAGUCAAUUUCCAAAUACUGAUAAUUCAGCAACAUUACCUUCCAUUUCUCAGAAUAACCAACAAACGAACAUUAUUGGCCAGAACCAGACAUUGCCCCAACCAUUUCAGAAUCCACUAUAUUUUGACGCCAGGGAAACAUAUGCCAAUUCUCAACCUCAGUUGAAUUUUCAAACCCCUCAGCCACCUAAUGUUCAACAAAAUCCUGUUAAUACGAUACCAAAAGCAAACAUUCCAAAUGGUCAAGUCGAUAUGAGAAUGAAGUUUAACUAUGGGGUUCCUAAUGUCCAAUAUUUUCAAGUUCCAUAUUCGACUUCCCCAACUACUGCAAAUAUGAACAAACCGAACCUAGGAAAUAUAAAUACCAAUUCCAUGGUUAGCAAGACUCCAGUGAUGAACAGCGUCACUUCUGGAAAGGAUGAUGCUGUACCACCACUACCUCCACAUCCAAGGAAAGAAAAGAGUUUAUCUCGGAAGAAGUCAAUUCAUGAGGAAAUUGAACGUAAUGAAGACGAACGGGCAAAAAUAAUUAGUGAUAGAAUUUUGGAUGAAUCAAAUGUAUUAAUAGAACUCUCGCCUCCAAGACUACCUAGGAAACCUUCUAACAAAAAGUCCGAAGAGAGCACCGGUAUGAAGAAGUCAAGAAGUUUUGAAAAGCCAAGAGCUAAUCUAGAUCUUACUUACAAUGAAUUAGAUUUUAGCCAAGAUGAUUCUCAAACCACGCCAGGAAGUGAUGCAUCGCCAACAGACGAAUUAGAGAACUCGAUGUUGUCAAGUGAAAGUAUUGAUAUAAAUUUAGAUGAUGCUAAAAAGGGCAAACAUCUUGGUAGAAUAUCAAAUAUCAAUAGCAUUAAAAAUGAUGAGGUUAAAUUUAAGUCACCUUUACUGAUUACAGGAGACAAUUCUCAUCCAAGAUCAGAACUUGUAUCAAAAGGACAUAGUUCACGAUCAAAGGAUGACAGCUUUAAAAAGACUACUGUUGACAUUAAAAAUUCACGCCGUUCUUUAGAUUUAAAGUAUCAAGAAGUUCAUUUUACUUCACCAGAUUUGAAAGCUCAAUCAAGGGCAUCUAACCCUUCAACAAAUAAAAAUAGCAAUAUCCAAACGGGCCAUUCAGAUAGUUCAUCUUCUCAUUUACAUUCAAAUUCCAAUUCACAUGGGAAUGUAUUUCAGUAUGGAAGUACCUCUAGCCACAGGAAUAAUAAUGAAUCAACAUUAUCACGUAAUGGUAACAGAGUUAACCACGACUUAGAAAAAUACAAAAAUUCAAGAAAAGGAGAGAGUGGUAGCAGCAUAUCGCUAUCCAGCGAAGUGAGAAAUUCCUUUUCUAGAGCACGUCAAUCUUUAGAUCUUGAAAGACUGCGUCGUGAUAACUUUAAAUCAGAAUCCUCCAGUGGUAAAAGAAGGUCUUUCUUCUCGGUGUUCAAAGGCGACAAGAAAUAA